CACACCGCUCACUCUGGUUACUCAGCACUGUCUCCCCCAUCCUCCUGCCCUUCCAGGUCUCCAGCGGGGUGCGGGAGAACUAGUCCAGUCCAGGCAGCUGGGGCUCUAGGGUGGCCGGCCGUCUGCCACAUCCGUGAAUCGUAAGGACAGAUUUCCACGGCUCUAGCUGGUGUGUGGACCAACAUUGUUGAUUUGCCCCCAAGCUGCCCGGUGCUGUGUGUCCACCCCCAUCCCUCUUCCUGAAGUGGCUGCUGGGCUCAGAGGACACGACAUUCCCUUGGAUUUCUGGAAACCAGAGCAGCAAAAUGGACUCAAUGGUCGUUGAGGAUGUGACUGUGGUCUUCAGCCAGGAGGAGUGGGCUUUGCUGGAUCUCGCUCAGAGGAAACUCUACAACGAUGUGAUGAUGGAAACCUUCAGAAAUCUGACCUCAGUAGUCUCACAAAACCUUAAUGAUGAAGAAAAGUUAUCCAGUGAGCACGAAAUGGUACAAUUCAUGAAAAAUAGCGCCUGGUCCUCAAAGUUGGGAGAAACCUUUGUGUCACAUGACAAUAAAGAUCAGCAUAAAAACCAGAAGAGACAUUUGAGAAAGAAUGCAGUAGAGAACCUCUUUGAAAGUAAUCAGUGUGGGAAAACUUACAACUGGAUUCCAAACAGUACUGUGCUACAGACAAAUCCUUCAGAAGUAAAUCCUUUGGAAUGCUGUGAGUACGGAUUCAAGCAUCCUAACAGAGCUCACACUGGAUGCAAUCCCUGUGAGUGUGAGGAAUGUCCCUGCCACCUCACCACUCCUACGAGAACUCUAAAUGGGAAGAAACCCCACAAAUAUAAGGUAUGUGGGGAAGAGAUCACUUAUGUCUCCAUGCUUAAGAAUCCUGUGACAACACUCACUGGUGAGAAAUGCUAUGAAUGCAGUGAAUGUGGGAAACAUUUCUGUAGUUUCUCACCCUUUUGGACACAUAUGAGAAGCCAUGAAUGUAAAGACUCUAGUACGACAUACAGUGACCCAUCUUCACUUAUUUUGCAUAAAAAAAUCCCCAGCAGACAUAUACCUUACGAAUGUGAGAAAACCUUUAGUGAGGCCUCAUCCCUUACGAAACAUAUCAGAACUUACACCGAAGAGAGGCCUUUUGAAUGUAAGGAAUGUGGGAAAGCCUUUUGGCAUCUUUCAGUUCUCUCGAAACAUUUAAGAAUUCACAGUGGAGAAAGGCCUUAUGAGUGUAAGGAAUGUGGGAAGGCCUUUAGUCAAGCCUCAUCCCUCACAAGACACAUAAGAACACACAGUGGAGAGAGGCCUUAUGAAUGUAAGCAUUGUGGGAGAGCCUUUAGUGACUCCUCAGCCCUCACUAGACACGUAAGAACUCACAGCGGAAUUAGGCCUUACGAAUGUAAGGAAUGUGGAAAAUCAUUUAGACAGCUCUCCACUCUCACUGAACAUAUAAGGACUCACAGUGGAGAGAGACCUUAUAAAUGUAAGGAAUGUGGGAAGGCUUUUAUUCAUGCCUCUUCCCUCACUGAACACAUAAGAACUCACAGUGGGGAGAGACCGUAUAAGUGUAAGGAAUGUGGGAAAGCCUUUACUCAUGCCUCCUCCCUCACUGAACAUUCAAGAACUCACAGUGGAGAGAGACCUUAUGAAUGUAAAGAGUGUGGGAGAGCCUUUCGUCAAGCCUCAUCCCUCAUUAAGCAUAUAAGAACUCACAGUGGAGAGAGGCCCUACGUGUGUAAGGAAUGUGGGAAAGCCUUUAGUCAAGCCUCAUCCCUCAUUAAACAUAUUAGGACACAUACUGGAGAGAGGCCCUAUGAAUGCAAGGAUUGUGGGCUAGCCUUUACUCACGCCUCUUCCCUCACUAGACAUAAACGAAUUCACAGUAGAGAGAGGCCUUAUGCAUGUAACGAAUGUGGUCAGUUUUUUAGACAGCUCUCAUAUCUCACUGAGCGUAUAACUCAAACGGGAGAGAGGCUUUAUACAUGUAAGGAAUGUGAGAAAGCAUUGACUCAUGCCUCGGCCUUCACUGAAGACACAGAACUUUACAGUGAAGAAGCCUUAUAAAUGUAGCGCAUGUAGGAAAGCUUUUGGUUCCCCUCACACCUAGCCUAAGAUUAAGGUGGUGUUUUGUUUUUCAAUUCAUCAAAACUAACCAUUUUUAUUCCGUUUUCCAUGGCCUUUUUGAAGCCCCUUCAUAUAAAAAGUUCACAAUGAAAAGAAUACCAUCCCCAAAGUGGGGUGUUUCUUACCUAAUGCUAUCAUUUCAAUCCAUACAUUUUUAAAAUUUAGGAUUAAGCAACUAAGUUUCUCACUGAGUCGGUCAACAAUAGUAACUCAAAGAGGUCAUUAGAACAACUAUUCCCUUUGGAAGAAAUGAUAGAUUGGUUUUUAACAAUGAAAUUGUGCUCAUCGAUAUGUGUUAUUUUUUCAGCCCAAUCCAAGCCUUUCAUAAAGUCUUUGGCUAUUGUAAAGGAGACUGCAAGGAAUAUGCUUGGGAAAAUGUGGCUUCUGUUAUUUAAUGUUUGCUACUGUUACAUUGCAUAUAAUAAAGUCGCUGGUUUUGUAUCUGG